AUGUCAUCAUUGAUUAUCAUAUUCUCAUUUAUUAUUACUGUACAAGCUAAAACAUUACCAAGUGAUUUUAUGCUAUUAGGUUUAACACCAACUACUCAAUUAAUCGAUGGUUUAACAUGUGAAUCUUAUCGUCCAUUUCUGGGACAAAAUACAGAAAUAUUAUGUUCAAAAAUUCCUCAAUUACAUAAAAUUCUCUAUGAAUCAAAUAUACAAACUCAUACACAAUGUCAAUAUCAUUUUCGUGAUCAUCCAUGGGGUUGUCGAUUAAGUUCAAAAAUAACUCCAUUGCGAAGAUUUUUACGACAAUCAUCAAAAGAAGCUUCAUUUUAUACAACAUUAGCAAGUGCAACCUUAACAUUAAAUUUAGUAAAUGCUUGUAUUAAAGGUCAAAUUAAUGAUACUCAUUGUUUAUGUUCAAAUCAACGACAAUUAUGUGAAACAGAUCCAAAUAUAGCAUUUCAAUUCGCAUCAUUAAUCACUGAUGGUUUCAAUAUGUCAAAAAAUUUUCAACAAAAAUUCUUAUUUCAACUUAAUCAAGCAAAUAAAGAACUUGGACGAAAGAUUGUUAAAAAUAUGAUGCAUAAAGACUGUCGAUGUCAUGGCGUUAGUGGUUCAUGUGAACUACAAAUAUGUCGAUUACGUCCAGCUACAUUGAUGGAUAUUAGUUAUGAAAUAUAUUUUAAUACAUAUAAAAAUGCUCAUUAUAUAGAAUCAAUUGAAUAUAUUAAAUCGGAAGAAAAAAAUCAACUAUUUUAUGCACGGAAAUCAAUAAAUUAUUGUCGUUCAAAUUCAUUUAUUGAUUAUCAAGGUGUACAACAAGGUCGAGAAUGUUUUAGUAAUGAAGGAUGUGAACAAGUUUGUUGUAAUAGAGGAUAUAAAAUUCAUACUGAAAUGAAAUUAAUUGAUAAUUGUCAUUGUUUUUUUUCAUGGAAUAUUGUUAAUAUUCAAUGUCAACCAUGUGAAAAGAAAAUAACACGAAUGAUUUGUAUAUAA